AUGCGCGCUGCAGGCCUGGCACUCCUGGGGCUCGCCCUGAGGCUUCAGGCCGUCGCUGCUGAGCCAGAAAAUGACACUUUUUGUUCUAAGAACCAGGUGGCCUUCAGAAAAACUUGCUACGAGUUUGUGCCACUCGGACGCACCUUCCGUGGUGCCCAGAGCUGGUGUGAAGGACAGGGAGGCCAUCUGGUCUUUAUUCGUGAUGAGAGAACCCAGCACUUUCUACAGCAGCACCUCUCCCCGGACAGAGAGUGGUGGAUUGGGCUCACAGGGCCCUGGGCACCCAACGGGGCUGCAGGAGGGACUGGGACCUGGUUGGAUCUCUCCAACGUGAGCUUUAGCAACUGGCAGCCGGGACAGGAGGCUCCCGCAGCCCAGACCUGCGGCCACAUCAGCAGAGGCCUUUCCGCCGCAUGGGCAGCUGUGCACAACUGUGCCCAGGCCUUCGCCUUCAUCUGCGAGUUUGAGGCUGGCCAGAGCCUGGCAUGUGAAGGUCUCAAUGUCACCAUGCACUGUGGCUCCGGGGAGGUCAUCCAGGUCCAGGAUGCCAUCUAUGGGCGCCAGACGCCUCAUUACUGCACCCAGGAUGCCGGGCAGCCCUCGGACCCAGAGGAGGACUGCAGCUGGGUCAGCGUCAGGGACGAGGUGGCAGGCCAGUGCCAGGGGCUGCAGGCUUGCCAGGUGGCAGCAGACCAGACCUACUUUGGAGACCUGUGCCCCAGCCGGGGCAGCUACCUGUGGGUGCAGUACCAGUGCCGGGAAGGCCUGAGGCUGCUGGUGUCCAACGAGAGCUUCAUCUUUGACAACGUCACCAUCUCUCUGACAUGGCUCCUUUCUCCCUACAUCGGAAACCUGUCCUGCAUCCUUAGUAUGGGAGAUGGCCACACCCUUGAUCCCUACUACCCCCCCAGCUUGUCUAGCACUGUGAGCCACCAGUUCACAUCCCCGGGAGAGUUCACCGUGUUUGCUGAGUGCACGACCAGCGAGUGGCAUGUGACAGCUCAGAAGCGGGUGACUCUGCGGGACAAGAGACAGAGCCUCAGUGUCUCCGGGUGCCCCGGCCUGGCCAGGUCAGGGGCUGGCCCUCUCUGCAAGGCUGUCUUUGGGGACCCUCUGUGGAUCCAGGUGGAGCUCGAUGCAGGAAUGGGGAUGACUUACAGUGUGCUCGUGGGUAACACAACCCUGGCUGAAUCCACCACCCAGCAGGGCUCGCUGCCCUACAACCUGACCCUGGAUGGAGACGCCCAGCGGCUGCUGGGCCCUGGGCAGCACCUCCUGCAGAUCCGAGCACAAAGUGACAGCUCAGCCUCCGCAGCUUCCCAGAGCCUCACUGUCCAUCUCAUGGAGUGGCUGUCAGGGCUGCAGGCCUCCUGGGUCUCCACCUGCGUGGAGCAUGGACAGGACCUGUUGAUCAACGUCUCUGUGGCUCACGGCACCCUGGAGGGGCUGACCUUCGAGGUGACCGGUCUCAGUGCCAACUUCUCCCAAGAGGAAGAGAGCUCCGGAGAGCCAUCUGGGACUUACCAGGUGGCCAUUCCCUUUGAAGGCACCUUUCUGGUCACCGUGCGGGUGAGGAAUGCCUUCUCAAACCUGAGCGUGGACAUGGGAAGCGUCACCAUCACAGCCCAGGCUGGUCUUGGAGAACCAUCUGGAAUGAAUGCUGAAGAAAAGAAUGUGACCAAGGGGAGCGCGGAGCUGGACACUGAGCCCGUGUAUGCGGAUCCGUUCACCACUGUCACCCUGGGCUGGCCAGCCAGCUGCGACAAGGACCUGAGCUUCCACUGGUCCUGUGGGCGCUGCUGGGCUCAGUGGAGCAACUGUGCGCAGAGGCGGCUCCUCCGCACCAACCAGAGGGAGCUGGUGAUCCCACCGCCCUGCCUGCCACCACCAGACUCGGCUGUCACCCUGCGCCUGGCCGUCCUGAGGGGCCAGGAGCUGGAGAGCGAGGCAGAGAGGUGCCUCUACGUGUCUGCCCCCCUGGACCUCAGGCCUCAGGUCAGCUGCGAGCGGAACUGCCAGCCGGUGAAUGCUGAUGACGAUGUGCUCCUCAGAGUCACCCUGGGAAGCAACGCCCCCGCAGCCGUGUUUAGCUGGUACUUAGACAGUCCAUCUGCAGAGCAGGCCAAGCCCCUCCCGGCCACCUGCAGGCUCCCAGGGUUUUGGCCAAGGUCCCCUGUGCUCCUGCAGAGCAACACUUCCACGCUGCUCCUGGACAGCAGCUCCCUGCGCUCUUGGGGACAGGUGAUCCGGAUCCGAGCCACAGCGCUGACCGAGCAUGCGUAUGGGGAGGAUCUCUACGUGAUCAGCACACUGCCUCCCCCGCCAGUGCCCACCUGUGCCAUCGUCCCUGAGGAGGGCACCAUUCUGACAAGCUUCGCCAUUCUCUGUGACACUCCUGUGGCCCUGGGUCCCCUGGAGUUCUGCUUCUGCCUGGAAUCAGGUUCCUGCCUGCACUGCGGCCCUGACCCAGUCCUCCCCUCAGUGUAUCUACCACUUGGCCAAGAAAACAGUGACUUUGUGCUCACAGUGGUCAUUUCUGUCACCAAUCAAGCAGGGGACAGACAGCAGGCCCACGCAAUGGUCAAGGUGGGACUUGGUGACACUCAUGUCAAGGAUGUGGCAUUCCAGGCUGCGGUGCUGGAGAAAAUCACUGCCACUCUGCAGGGUGACAGAGGCCCCGAGCAGCUUCUCCAGCUGGCCAAGUCUGUGUUGUCUGUGCUGAACCGGGACGACCUGAACCAGAGCUCGGGGUCAUUGCUGGAGACAGACACUAGGCGGAAGGUUAGAGAACUUGUGCUGGACUCACUGUGCACAGUCAUGGCCAGCCUGGAGGACAUGCAGAGGGUACAGAGGCUGGCCGAGGUGCUGAGAGAGCUGACCCAUGGCCGUGAGCUCAUGCCCAUGGCCCAAUGGCAGGCUAGCCAAGCUCUGUACCUUGCCAGUGAGGCCCUAUUGACAGCGAGUGCCACAGUCCGUCCCGAGGACCAGAGGCGCCAGGGGGCCACCAGGGACCUGCUUGUGGCUGUGGGAAGUGUACUGGACGCGUCCCUGAGCCACGGACCAGAGAAGCCUGGGGGGACCAAUGCCAGCCAGGUGACUUCAGUGGCCUCACUGCUCAAAGUAGCAGAGCGUGUCCAGACCACUCUCCUGCUGGGCAUGUUGCCUGGGGGACUUCCGGCCACCUUGGCCACCCCCUCCAUCUCCGUGUACACGAACAGGAUGCAGCCGAGGAAGUGGGGCCGGGCCUCGCUGCACAUUGCUGCUGCUCACUCCGCAGCCUUCACCCUGCCCACCGAAGCCCUCUGCUGUGCAGAGCACGCACAGGAGCCUGUGGACGUCAGGAUGAUGAGCUUCCCCAAGAGCCCCUUCCCGGCCAGUAAUGGGUUCGCCGUCAGCGGAACAGUGGGUGGCCUGAGCCUGAACAGCCCCAGCGGAAGGCUCAUCCCUGUGAAGAACCUGACUGAGAAGGUCGAGAUCCUGCUGCCCCGGCCUCUGGAAGGACACAGCGCGCCGACCGUGUUAAACUUGACCAGAGGGGAGGUUCUGCAGGUGAACGUGACCUCAAGGGCGUCAGCUCUAGGGGUUCAGCUGCACUGGGGACCUGGCGUCCCACUCACACUCAGCCUGGGCUACGGCUACCGCCCCAACGCCACCAGCUAUGAUGCCCAGGCCCGCCUGCCACCAGCGGCUGCUCCAGAUGAGCCAGCCACAUGGCUUCUGGGCCCUGAGGAGCUGCCCUUUGGGGAAGGCAUCUACUACCUGCACGUAGCCCCCGACUCUGACCUGCAGCUGGCCCCUGGCGGGGACCUCACCAUUGGCAUCACCACCUUCCUGUCCCACUGUGUCUUCUGGGACGAGGUUCUGGAGACCUGGGAUGACUCUGGAUGCCAGGUGGGGCCGCGGACCACGCACACCCAGACGCACUGCCUCUGCAGCCACCUCACCUUCUUCGGAAGCGCCUUCCUGGUGAUGCCCAACGUGGUCGACGUCCAGCAGACAGCAGAGCUCUUCGCCACCUUCGAGGACAACCCCGUGGUGGUGAGCACCGUGUGCUGCCUGUGCGUGCUCUACGUGCUGGCCGUGAUCUGGGCGAGGAGAAAGGACGUGCAGGACCGGGCCAAGGCGAAGAUCACCGUGCUGGAGGACAACGAUCCCUUUGCCCAGUACCACUACCUGGUGACGGUCUACACCGGGCACCGGCGAGGGGCCGCCACAUCCUCAAAGGUGACCAUCACCCUCUAUGGCCUGGAUGGACAGAGUGAGCCACACCACCUGUCAGACCCUGCGUGCCCCGGAUUGGAGCGUGGAGGAGUGGACAUCUUCCUGCUGUCCACCCUGUUCCCCCUGGGGGAGCUGCAGAGCCUCCGACUGUGGCACGACAACUCUGGGGACCGGCCAUCCUGGUAUGUGAGCCGGGUGCUGGUCCAUGACCCAGCGACGGGCCAGAGGUGGCAUUUCCUCUGUAACUCCUGGCUGUCAGUGGAUGUGGGAGACUGUGUCCUGGACAAGGUGUUUCCGGUGGCCACGGAACAGGACCGGAAGCAGUUCAGCCACCUGUUCUUCCUGAAGACGUCCACAGGCUUCCAAGAAGGCCACCUCUGGUACUCCAUCUUCAGCAGCUCGGCCCGGAGCCGCUUCACACGGGUGCAGAGGGUGUCCUGCUGCUUCUCCCUGCUCCUCUGCACCAUGCUGGCCAGCAUCAUGUUCUGGGGCGUCCCCAAGGACCCUGCUGAGCAGAAGAUGGACCUGGGUGACAUCGAGUUCACAUGGCAGGAGGUGAUGAUCGGGCUGGAGAGCUCCCUGCUCGUGUUUCCCCUCAACCUCCUGAUUGUCCAGAUCUUCCGCCACGCCCGGCCUCGGGGCCCGAAGGGGCAGGGUGCUGGGAGCCCCGCUCCAGUCCCGUCACCUCAGCCUAUGGACGAUGGCCUUGUGACCCCUGAAGCAGUGACCAAGGACACACGGCGACUCAUCAGCUCUCUGUGCAGAGCCCUGAAGCUGCCUUCGGGGGCCUCCAGCUGGGACUCUCUGAGUUCAGGGGACAUCAACACACUGCUGGCCUUGGCGGAAGACAGCCUUCAACCUCAAAGCCCAGCAGAGCGGGGAUGUCAGGAGGAAGCCAGUGGGAGAGAGGGCGCUUUGGCUGUCGCCCUCAGGUCUGCUCCCAUGACAGAGAGCACACAGUGCCCCAGGCCCGAGCUGGCCUUGAGGGACCUCUGGAAGGACGCCGCUCACAGGCAGCACCUCUACCGCCAGCUGGAGCACUUGGAGCAGGAGCUGCAGCUGCUGGGACCCCAGGGCUUCUCACAGCGACCCGACCACGCCAGGGCACUCGGGCAGCUGCAGACCCUGAAAGGCCGCCUGGGGGUGGCCGCCCCUGCCAGGGCCAGGGCUCCCCGCACCGGUGCAGCCCCUCGUGGCCUGCCCUGGUGGUGCGCCCUGGUGGGCUGGCUCCUGGUGGCGGCCACCAGCAGCACAGCAGCCUUCUUCACCAUGCUCUACGGCCUGCACUACGGGCGCACUGGCUCCCUCCGGUGGCUGCUGUCCAUGGCCGUGUCCUUGGCGGAGAGUGUGUUCGUCACCCAGCCCCUCAAGGUGCUGGGCUUCGCUGCUUUCUUUGCACUGGUCUCGAAAAGAGUAGAUGAGGAUGAGGACGAAAUGGAGCUGCCCCUUCCCGCACACCUGUCUGGCCCAGGUCCCUGUGCUGUCUUCCAGGCACGGAGACACAGCAGCAGGGAAGCCUACCAGCCACCUCUCCCCGCCACCAUCGAGAAGAUGAAAGCCACCCGGCUGAAGGAGCAGAAGGCUUUUGCCCUCAUCUUGGAAAUCCUGGCGUACCUGGGCUUCCUGUGGAUGCUGCUGCUGGCCGCCUACGGCCAGAGGGACCCGAGCGCCUACCACUUCCACAGGCACCUGGAGAGCAGCUUCACCAGAGGCUUUUCCGACGUGCUGGGCUUCCCGGAGUUUUUCGAGUGGGCCAACAACACCCUGGUGAACAACCUGUACAGUCUGCACCCAGGCUUCAUCACGGAUGGGAACUCCAAGCUGGUCGGCGGUGCCCACAUCCGCCAGGUCAGGGUCCGGGAAAGCUCCUGCGCGCUGGCCCCACAGCUGCGGGCUCCGAGGAGCGGAUGCCGCCCGCCGUACUCCCCAGACGGGGAAGACCGCGCCAACUACGGGGAGGACUGGAAUGCCUCGGCCCUGGGCAGCAGUGGGCGCCUUCCCCAGGCCUGGCGCUACCAGAGCCAGAGUCAGCGUCGAGGGUUCCCCGUGUGGGGCAGGCUCGCGCUGUACCCCGGAGGAGGCUACGUGGUCCCCUUGGGAACGGAGCGCCAGAGCACAGCCAGAGUUCUCCGGUAUCUCUUUGACCACACCUGGCUGGACACCCUGACCAGGGCCGUGUUUGUGGAGUUCACCGUCUACAAUGCCAACGUGAACCUGUUCUGUGUGGUCACACUCACACUGGAGACCAGUGGCCUGGGAACCUUCUUCACCCACACGGCCUUGCACAGCCUCCGCCUGUCCCCGCUCACCGACGGCUGGCACCCCUUCGUGGUGGCGGCCGAGCUCCUAUACUUCGCCUUCCUCCUCUACUACAUGGUGGUGCAGGGCCGGCGUGUGUGGAAGGAGAAGUGGGGCUAUUUCCGCAGCAAGUGGAACCUGCUGGAAGCGGCCAUCAUCCUGGCCAGCUGGAGUGCGCUGGCAGUGUUUGUGAAGAGAGCUAUCCUGGCGGAGCGGGACCUGCACCGCUACCGGACACACAGGACAGACGGGAUCAGUUUCAGUGAGACAGCAGCCGCCGACGCUGCCCUUGGCUACGUCAUUGCCUUCCUGGUCCUCCUCUCCACAGUGAAGCUGUGGCAUCUGCUCAGGUUGAACCCCAAAAUGAACAUGAUCACCUCAGCCCUGCGCCGCGCCUGGGGCGACAUUUCAGGCUUCCUGGCCGUCAUCCUUAUCUUGCUCCUGGCUUAUUCCAUUGCAUCAAACUUAUUAUUUGGCUGGAAACUCCGUUCCUACAAAACCCUCUUCGAUGCAGUGGAAACGAUGAUCAGCCUUCAGCUAGGAAUCUUCAACUAUGAGGAGGUCCUGGACUCCAGCCCAGUGCUUGGCUCCCUUCUAAUUGGAUCGUGUGUCAUUUUUAUGACGUUUGUGGUGCUGAAUCUGUUUGUCUCCGUCAUCCUGGUGGCUUUCAGCGAGGAGCAAAAAUGUGAUCAGCUGUCGGAGGAAGCAGAAAUCGUGGAUUUGCUCCUGAUGAAAAUCCUCAGUUUCCUGGGCAUCCGGUGCAAAAGAGAGCAGCCUCAGAGCGGCCGGGAGCAGCCUGCGGUGCCGUCCACAGCUCCGUGCCCUCAGCCAGCACAAGCUUUGCCCGGGGUUUAAGUGGCUUGCUCACUGGGACCGGGUCUGGCCUGCACUUCCCAGUGGGGUGGGAGCCCCUCUGGGCAUCAGGGUUGGUGUCCAGAGAUAAUUACUAAACCCUACA